AUGGACACAAUUCAAAGUGGAUAUACACCAUUACAUUCAGCUGUUAUGGGCAACGCUUUAGAAACUACAAAAAUUCUGAUAGACCAGAGAUGUAAAGUAACUGACACAGUAUUACAUUGUGCAGUACAAGCCAAUGCUGUAGAAUGUGUCAAGUACUUACUAAACAUUGGUAUAGACCCCAACACUUUGGAUACCAAUGGGAAUACACCCCUUCAUUUAGCAGCAGACAAAGGAUAUACAGAAUGUCUAAAACUUCUUUUAGCUAGAAGUAAUAAAACAAUAAAUUUAAAUUCUAAAUCUAGGCAAUCGACGGCCUUGCAUAUGGCGGCUGAAAAUGGUUAUACAGAAUGUGUUCAAAUACUUUUACACACAGGGUCUAGUCAUAGUGCGGUAAACUAUAAGAAUCAAACUGCUUUACAUCUAGCUGCCAAAGCUCAAUGUGCCGAAUCUGUUGUUAUAUUAUUAGAAUUAGGAGCCGAAGUAAAUGCUUUAGAUAUCGACAAAAGGACAGCUUUGCAUUCUGCAGUUUGUAAAGCUUAUUUAUCAUUCCACGUGGUUGAAGUAUUGGUAAAAUGGGGCGCAAAUGUCAAUAUUAAAGAUAGAUAUGGGUACGCUCCUCUUCACAUAGCUGCUUUAAAUGAGUUAUCCCAAUGUGUCGAUUUUUUAAUCAUAAAAGGAGCUGACAUAAGUUCUAGAACGGUAGGCGGGAUGAGUGCUUUAAGCAUAAUAAACAGAAAAACACCCACAAGUAUAAAUACAAUCAAAAAAAAAUUUGACCAGGCAAUUACAUUAAAUGACCAAGCUUCCGCCAAAGAAGUUGAACUAAUAAUGGAUUUUCGAUACUUAUUACAAAAUCCUAGUCAAGGGGAAAUCAUUUUAUUACACACAUUGGAAGAAUGUGGUCAAAAGUCUAUGCUUGAACAUCCAUUAUGUAAAGCAUUUUUGUACUUAAAAUGGCAAAAAAUUCGUAGAUUUUAUUUUGUACGUCUGGUUUUUGAUGCAAUUUUUGUUUUACUCUUAACCACUUAUGUAAUGACAGCUUUAGCACAUGAUUGUUAUAAUAAGUCAAGAAACCUAACAGACAAACAAAAAAUAACUCAUAGUCAAGAACUAAACGAAUCGGAGAAUCAAAAUGCCUGUCGUUUAAAUGUGAAUGUAUAUUUUGAUUCACAAUUAAUAUCACACAUAAUUAUAGAAUUUGUUUGGUAUAUAUUGUUGGUAUUUACAAUCGUCAUAAUAAUCAGAAAAUUAAUUGGCACCACAGGAUUUACUUCAGUCAAACAAUAUUUUUUAAACAUUACUAACAUUGUUGAAUGGUUUGUGGUUGCAAGUGUUUUUUUAACAUCCUUUUUAUAUGGAAAUAAAACAUAUGACUGGCAAAACCCUAUUGGAGCAUUUUCCGUUUUGUUUGGAUGGUCAAAUUUAAUGGUGAUGAUUGGCCAGUUACCUAUAUUUGGAACAUAUAUUGCUAUGUUUACCAAAGUUCAAAAGGAAUUUGCUAAAUUGUUGCUAGCUUACUCAUGUUUGCUUAUAGGAUUUACAAUAAGUUUUUGCACACUAUUCCCUACAUCAGAUGAUUUUAAUAAUCCCUUAAUAGGUAUAGCAAAAGUUCUAGUAAUGAUGACAGGAGAACUUGACAUAGAUUUGCUAUUGAAAUCUGAAGAAUCUCCAAUUAUUUUUAAUGUUAGUGCUUAUAUAACUUUUAUACUGUUUAUUGUAUUUGUUACCGUUGUACUAAUGAACUUGCUAGUCGGAAUAGCAGUUCACGAUAUCCAAGGUUUGCACAAAACUGCAGACCUCUCAAAGCUUGUCAGACAAACUCAACUAAUUCACUCUCAAGAACAAGCAUUAUUUCAAGGUUGUUUACCUAGGCGUGUUAUAAAUUUUUUUAAUUGGAGCGCAAGAGUUACACCAUCAGCAUAUCGAGUGGUACUUUAUGUAAAACCUUUAAAUCCUACAGAAAAAAGAUUACCAAAAUACAUAAUGGAAGAUGCAUUGAAUAUAGCAAGACAACAACGAUUAAAUACAGUUGACUAUAAACAAGCUAUGUUAGAAAAUAAAAUGGAAAACAAGGCUUUAGUUGAAGAAAUUAAACAACUAAAAGAAAUUGUACAAAAUCAACAAGAUCUCUUAUUAAAGCUUAUUAAUAAAUCUUCAUAA